UCCUCGUCUCUUUUGAUAAUAACAAGGUUUCCUUCAAGAAAGGUACCACAGCUUGAAAGUUCCAUUUAAUCAUUCAUAAGUGGUACGGGCUUCCAUGAAUCAUCCCUUUACUCCACCCAUUCAAAAUUAGAUUCAGUAAACAUUUAUUAAGGUUCUUCCAGGAGCUAAGCACUCUGCUAGAUACUUUAAUAUAUGCUGUGUUAUUUGGUUCAAAAGAAAAGAUUCCUGGCCUGGAAUAUGAACAAUAUUUACACAUUUCAAAUUGGUUGAAAUCAAAGGAACUAUAAUGGUAAUUUGAUUUGAUGUUGGAGUAAAUGAGUUGGAAGCUUUUAAUUAUGCAUGACCAAAGAUACCCUUUCAAUUCAGUGGAUGUCCUGAUGUCUAUAUUCAAGAGAAUUCAGUCUAAAUAUCCAUAAGGAAAAAGUAAUCGUUAAAAACAGGAGCACAAUUACUCUUAGCCUUAGCGAUCUGGACAGAGUGUCACGUGGAACAGCCUCCUCUGAAAAUCAAGGGGGUUGACGUGGACUAAAACGGGAGGGCUCUUUGAACAUGGGAAACCACAAACAUAUUCCAAAGAGCAAAGGACCAAUAUGAGGAGUCCAAAUGAAACUAUAAAAUGAAGUAAUUUCUAAACUGCCGCUCAUAAUACGUCAUAAGUAUUUUAACAUAAGCCAAUCAUAGGACCACUGAGGAACAAAUUUAAACAAAAACAAAGAAAAUAUGUUAAGAAUUUUAUAAACAGCGCUGGCUCAGAUAUAUAAAAGGCCCGGCAUAGAAGUCACCACCAAAACUCCAACCCAACACUGCUCUCAACCCAACUCCUGACACCAUGGCCUGCUGCUCCACCAGCUUCUGUGGAUUUCCCAGCUGCUCCACCGGUGGGACCUGUGACUCCAGUUGCUGCCAGCCAAGCUUCUGCCAGGCCAGCUGUGGCAUCGGCGGUGGCAUCAGUGGUGGCCAAGAGGGCGGCUACGGAGCUGUGAGCUCCCGCACCAGGUGGUGCCGCCCUGACGGCCGCGUGGAGGGCACCUCCCUGCCUCCCUGCUGCGUGGUGAGCUGCACCCCCCCAUCCUGCUGCCAGCUGCACCAUGCCCAGGCCUCCUGCUGCCGCCCAUCCUACUGUGGACAGUCCUGCUGCCGCCCAGCCUGCUGCUGCCAGCCCACCUGCUGUGUGCCCACCUGCUAA